UGUCGUGCGCAUAAAACGGACACGCACACACCACUAGUCAGAAUCGAUAACGAUAUCCGUAGUAGCCGUAGUCAUUUACAAUUUUCGUGACAAAUAUAACAAAUGUGUUGUUUCCCGAGUGUGUGAGUGCGUGCAAAAAGCUAGUGUUAAUUAUUAAUUGCUGACAAUAGUGUGACAUCCAAUCGAAGAGACACGCGGCAGCAAUAAAAGCAACAUGAGUGGCGGUGGCAUGGAUAAAAGAAAACUGUCCACAUCGGGCGAUUCGCUCUAUGAAAUCUUGGGACUUCCUAAAACAGCAACAGCUGAUGAUAUCAAGAAGACUUAUAGAAAACUUGCACUUAAAUACCAUCCAGAUAAAAAUCCAGACAACGCUGACGCUGCCGAUAAGUUCAAGGAGGUCAAUCGGGCACACUCGAUACUGAGCGAUCAGACGAAACGCAAUAUUUAUGAUAAUUAUGGUUCACUGGGUCUCUACAUUGCCGAGCAGUUUGGCGAGGAGAAUGUGAAUGCGUACUUUGUGGUCACAUCGCCGGCGGUAAAGGCCUUGGUCAUUUGCUGCACAUUGCUGACGGGCUGCUGUUGUUGUUGCUGCUGCUGCUGCUGUUGCAACUUCUGUUGCGGCAAGUUUAAACCACCGGUGAACGAGUCGCACGACCAGUAUUCACAUUUGAAUCGCGCUGAUGGCAAUCGAGAGGCCAGCGAUCUGCCACCGACUUUGGGACAAAAUCCACGUCUUGAGGACGCUGAUCUCGACGAUGUCAACCUGGGCGCAGGAGGCGCACCUGUUACCACACAGCCGCGCGAACAGGCUGGUGGUCAGCCCGUCUUCGCCAUGCCCCCACCAAGCGGCGCUGCAGUUGGCGUUAAUCCCUUCACUGGAGCUCCGGUGGCGGCCAACGAGAACACGUCGCUGAACGCAACAGAACAGACCACAUACACACCAGAUAUGGUUAAGCAAAAAUAUUAGGUUCAUGCUUCAAGCGAGACAAACCCAAUUCAUGAGAGCGUUUUGAACAGCCACACACACUUUUUUAUUCCUUUUAAUUGUUAAAAAUUUGGUAUGUUCAAUAAAUCGAAAAAUAUAUAUAUAUAUAUACACACACUUAUAUUUAUUAUAAGCUUUAGAACAUAACUCUAAUUUAUAAUCUGAAUUGUAAAGCGAAAGCUAGCACGUUUUAAUCAAUCCGAAAGAAAGAAAUUCACAAUAAUAUUCGAAAUGCAAUUUGCUACGAACAAAAUAAGAUGCAUACAUAAAAUGUUCGCGAUGACGAGGAAUGCAAUUUGAAUUGAGAAUAGGACGCAUUAAUUAAUAUUCAGGCAUUCAAGCUAUAACAUAUAUUGAUAGGUAUUUAAUCAGCGCGUAUGCAUAUAAUCAAUUACCAUAUGAUACUUAGAUACUGACCUAAAGUGUUAUUGUUUCAUAUACAUGCAUAUAUAUGUGUAUCCCUUUAACUGCGAAUUGUAACUAUAUUUCGAAAUUAGCAAGAUCGAGCAAAGUGUUAAACUACUUAGAAGAUAUGCCAAUAAAACCAAAUUGUAAACACAACUGUCGAUGGUCGAUGGUCGUGGCCCUUGUAUCUAAUUGCAUCGGAUUGUAUCUAAACAGUAAGCUUUACUUUUAACUACGUCUAUGUAUGUGUGUGCCACAUAUACCAUAUUAGAAUUAAUUUGCAUUUGUGUGUGAGUGCCCAUAGCAAGUCGUCUCUUAGCUAAGAAAAAAAUAUUUGUUGUUAAAACUGGUCUUUCGUGUGGCAAAUGAAGCGUGUGUACAUUUGCCCAACAACUUUUCGGAAUUAGUUUACACAAAAUUGUUAAAAUAUAUAUAUAUACAUAUGUAAAGAAUCCAAUAAACUGUUGCUCUUGCUAAACGAUGGGUCGCUGAUGCGCUGAUGCUGCUGUAUCGAGCUCUAGUCUGUGGCCUAUUGUGUUAACUGCAAAUGUAUAUAAGUCAAGUUAAACAGCCUAGAAUCGCGCCCAAUGACAGAACUUGAAAAAUAACUAAAUAAAUAGCAAUCAAAUUUAAAUAUAGUCCCAAUCCUUAAAGUAUUCUUAUCCAAAAACUUAUUUAAAAACUGUACGCUAUUGUCCAUUAAGUAUUGAACAUUUCAAACGAUUUUUCAAAUUGUAUUAUUUAUUUCAAAUUUCAUUGAAUAGUUUGCCUUUUGUUGUUUACACCAUAUUUCAUUGAAUUAACCAACAAAUGUUGUCUCAUGUGUAUUCGUAAAUUAUGCAAUUAGUCCCAAAGUGUUGUAAUAUUUCAAAAUUAUAUCAUCGCUAUCAAUUAUGAAGAACCAGCACAUGUAUACACACAUAAAAUUCAAUACAAACAUAUAUUAUAUAUUAUAUAAAUUUCAAAUAAUGAAAAUACCAUUUUAAAGUUUUGCGUGUGUAUCUAUUGUUCGUACAAGUAAAAUAAAACAUUUCCAAAAAUUUAAAUUUAA